GUCAUUGCAUUUUACGUUCUUUUCCAGGCAGCGGCUGUUAGGUGCGUGCCAUCUUGUCGAAGAAUCUCAGCUAGCCAGACAAAUAGCUAGAGAAAGUAGGGUUUUGAGGUCCAAAAUCUGGUGCUAGGUUAUUGUAGAAAAUAGUUUAUUUACCGUGACUAUUGAAGGUUUCAUAUCGCGUUUUAAUGGCGUUAUAGUCAGAAGCAUCUAUUGUGUAAGAUAGCUAACGUUAGCAGUUAGCGGCUAAUUUCCCGCAUUUGUAUAUCGACAGCGUGGGAUCCUCGCAUUAUGGCCAACAACAAUGUCGCCGGGAACCAGCAACAACCACAGGCCGUGAGCAAGAUUGGCCCUAACGCUGGAAAACAUGGCAACAACUUGCCUCUCUGGGGCAACGAAAAGACUAUGAACUUGAACCCUAUGGUUCUCACCAACGUGCUCUCAUCUCCAUAUUUCAAGGUUCAACUGUAUGAAUUGAAAACCUACCAUGAGGUGGUGGAUGAAAUAUAUUUCAAGGUGACUCAUGUUGAGCCCUGGGAGAAAGGCAGCAGGAAGACUGCGGGACAGACUGGAAUGUGCGGAGGGGUGCGUGGGGUCGGGACUGGCGGUAUUGUGUCCACAGCCUUCUGCCUGCUGUAUAAACUGUUUACCCUCAAGAUGACCCGUAAACAGGUGAUGGGACUGAUCACUCACAACGACUCACCCUACAUCAGAGCACUUGGCUUUAUGUACAUAAGAUACACCCAGCCCCCUGCUGACCUGGUGGACUGGUAUGAUGGUUUCAUGGAUGAUGAGGAGGAGCUGGAUGUGAAGGCCGGAGGAGGCUGCGUUAUGACCAUCGGAGAGAUGGUCCGGUCAUUCCUCACCAAGCUGGAGUGGUUCUCCACACUCUUUCCACGCAUCCCGGUGCCCGUGCAGAAGAUGAUCGACACGCAGAUGAAGGCAAGGCCCCGGAAGGUUCCCGAGAAGGUAGAGGAGCCGGAGAAACCACCAACAGAGGAGGGGCGGGCAACAGAGGGCCGUAGACGCUCCAGGAGCCCCAGACGGACCCCGAGCCCCAGGAGGUCUCCCAAACGGUCGAGGAGCAGGAGCCACCACCGCGAACGAGAGCGCCAUGGCCCCAGUUUCGACCGAGAGCUGGAGAGGGAACGCGACCGCCAGAGGAAAGAGCGGGACACUAAGGACGGGGACAGGAAAGGAGGAGACCGGGAGAGAGGAGGCGAGAGGGAGAGGCGUCGGUCCCGGAGUGCCGACCGUACCCAGGAACGCCGGGAACGUCGCAGGAGCUGCAGCGUGAGUCGGGACCGCAAGGGAGAGCGGAAAGACAGGGAGAAAGAUGGGCAGGGGGGCGGGGAGAAUGACAGGAGGAAGGACAGGGACUACCAUAAAGACGGGGGCAGCGAGAGGGAGAGGUCCAAGGACAAGAGGAGCAAGGGAGAGACGGAGGACAGGAGAAAAAAAGAAGAGAGGGAUGAGAGGAGGGGUCACAAGAAGGCCAAGCGCUCCAGUCGGAGUGCAAGCAGGGAAAAGAGACACAAAGAUAAGUCCAAGAAGAGAGAAGUCCAAGAAGAGAGCGGGGGCAGGGCCGAGGUAAGGGAGGAGAAGGAGAAGAGCAGGAAGAGGGAGCGCAGCCAGGAGAGGGAGGAGGUGCAGCGCUCGCACAAACACAGCCGCAGCAAAGAGCUGGGCCAUCGGCCACGAGAGCCCAGCAAUGGGAAAGACCACAGGAAACACGUGGAGCGCAGGACGAGCCAGAGCACAGAGCGAACUAGUGCCGAUCCCCCCUAGCGCCAGUCACAACUCUCCCUCCAUCCUUUCUCUUCCUUUAAUUUUUUUUAACUUGAUUGUGUAGUCUGUCACUUGUUUAAAAAAAACAUUAGCACAAAACCACCUUGACUUGUCUUUGGCCAAUGUGACGUUGCUUUAUGUAGAUCUUUCUCUCUCUGCCUUUCUCAUCCCUUUCUAGACCAGCGUUACUCUUCUCUCUCUCAAAAAAAAAGCCUUUCAAUCUUUAUGGUUCUUUUUUUUUCUCUCUGGAAAGUUCCAAAUUGCUUUGUACAUAUGGGUCUGAGAAUGUUUUAAAUCCUACAGAGCAACCUCCGAAGGUGAAUUUGUACUACGCACUGAGCCGUGCUGAAAUUGUGCUGUUUGGUUAAUUGCUCUGUUGCAAUUUGUUUUCUAAUAAAAUGACUUAUGAAAGGAGAA